UCCCGGAAACGGUCAUUUACGGGCCACCGGGAGAGGCCAGAAAUGCGAACACUGACCUAUGACGUCAUCGGGACGUUUAGAAGCGUAGCAUCACCUGGACGUAGCCUCAUUUCCCUUCCCGGACAGGUCCUCUGAUAGUUGGGGCUGGUCUGAAUCAAGCCUCUCAUUGGGUACUUAAUUCGUCAAUCUGUUUCAUUGUUCCAGUCUUCCGCCCCGCCUUCCUGAGCUCGCCUCUGAUAGGCUGGCGUGGCCGUCACUUCAGAAAGGACCGCAUUCCUUCCGCCUUUCUGCAGGACACCGAGGGCGAGGAGGGUGGAUCCCAGGCAGCGCCCGCCCCCGGGGCUCUGCUUCCACCUCUGACUGGCUGAGUUUGAUGCCAGUCGCUACUCCACCCCUCUCUGAUUGGCCAGCCGGCCGCCGCUCUGCGCGGCGCCGGCUCCGCCCCCGUCGGGUAUUUGUGGUGGGGCUGCGGAGUCGCCGAUCCCGCCGGAAGCGCCAGGACAAUGGGGACCCGGGACGACGAGUAUGACUACCUAUUCAAAGACAUUCAUCGGGUGCUUACUGGGUGCCGGCGCGGUGCCAGGGCCUGACUCCUGCCCUUGGGGCACACUGGCGAGAAAACACAUGAGUGAAACCUGGCAAGUGCGGGGUGGCGAGAGUUGGUGGAGGGAAAGCCAGGCCGGGGAACAAGGAAGGUUGGGGGACAGCAAGGGCAUCCUUGGCCAAGUGGCCUCUGAGGGAUCCUACAAAGGAGAUGAGGGAGGAGCCAGGCGGGUGCCUCGGGAAGGGGAUUCCAGGCAGAGGGCACAGCCCGUGCAAAGGCCCUGAGGCGGGAGGCACAGCGAGGAGGCGCAUGUGGCUGGAGCAGAGGGAACUGGGGGAGAGAGGGAAGCAGGGAGGAAGAGAAAGAGACAGGGCAGGUGGGGGCAGGUGGCACAGGGCCUUGUGGGCCGUGGGGAGGACUUGGGCUUUUUCCCAAGGGGAGUGGGAGCCAUGGAGGGCUCUGGGCAGAGAAGGGGCCAGACCUGACUUAGGUGCUCACAGGCGCCCUCUGGCUGCCAUGGGGAGGACAGCAUUUUGGUUGAGGAUGAGGGUGAACGCGGGGACCUCAGGGAGGAGGCUGGCUUGUAACCCAGACAGAGAUGGUGGUGGCCUGGCCCAAGGUGGGGGCAGUGAAGGUGAUCAGAAGUCUAAGCACACAGACAACUUUCCUCCAAGGAGUUGCAUUGGGACAGGAAAGAAGACCACACUGGUGCUCAUCGGGGACUCGGGCGUGGGCAAGAGCAACCUCCUGUCUCGCUUCACCCGCAACGAGUUCAACCUGGAGAGCAAGAGCACCAUCGGCGUGGAGUUCGCCACCCGCAGCAUCCAGGUGGACGGCAAGACCAUCAAGGCGCAGAUCUGGGACACAGCCGGCCAGGAGCGCUACCGCGCCAUCACCUCCGCGUACUACCGCGGCGCGGUGGGUGCCCUGCUGGUGUACGACAUCGCCAAGCACCUGACCUACGAGAACGUGGAGCGCUGGCUGAAGGAGCUGCGGGACCACGCGGACAGCAACAUUGUCAUCAUGCUGGUGGGCAACAAGAGCGACCUGCGCCACCUGCGGGCCGUGCCCACGGACGAGGCCCGCGCCUUCGCAGAAAAGAACAACCUGUCCUUCAUUGAGACCUCAGCCUUGGAUUCCACCAACGUGGAGGAGGCGUUCAAGAACAUCCUCACAGAGAUCUACCGCAUCGUGUCCCAGAAGCAGAUCGCCGACCGCGCGGCCCACGACGAGUCCCCCGGCAACAACGUGGUGGACAUCAGCGUGCCGCCCACCACGGACGGACAGAAGCCCAACAAGCUGCAGUGCUGCCAGAACCUGUGACCGCCCGCGCCUGCGCCCCAGCGUGCGUGCUCGUCUCCGCCUGCCCCACCACGGUGUCCUCCCGCCCCGUCCCCACCGUCCCUGAGACCGGCUCGCUCCCGCCCUCCCAGCGAGCUCCGCACGGCCGGGCUGGGGCCCAGGAGGAGCAGGCGUCAGCGGCACCUCCCGGCCCGCCCGGGAAAGCUAGAAGCCCCGGCUCGGCCCGCUGUGCCCGCUCCACCCGGUCCCCGCGGCGUCUCUGCGGGCUGGGGAGGGCG